CAACCGCUCCGGCCCGCGGAGAGCAGAGCGGCCGCUCCCGAGGCGCCGCCGUGGCGUCUGGCCCGGCCUGCCUCCGCUCCCGGGCCUCCCGCUCGCUCGCAGAGCCUUCCCCGCUGUGGCUAGAGAAAGAGCUAAGAUGGCUGAGUUUGCAGAUGACCAAGCUGCUCGGCUGUGUGACAACUGCAAAAAGGAAAUUCCCGUGUUUAAUUUUACCAUCCAUGAAAUCCACUGUCAAAGGAACAUUGGUGUGUGCCCUGUCUGCAAGGAGCCGUUCCCCAAAUCAGACAUGGAUGUUCACAUGGCCACAGAGCACUGCCAGGUGACGUGCAAAUGUAACAAGAAGUUGGAGAAGAGGCAGUUAAAGCAGCAUACGGAGACUGAGUGUCCUCUGCGGCUCGCUGUCUGCCAGCACUGUGAUCUGGAGCUUUCUGUUCUCAAGCUGAAGGAGCAUGAAGAUUACUGUGGUGCCCGGACAGAGCUGUGUGGCAGCUGUGGGCGCAACGUGCUUGUGAAAGAGCUGAAGACUCACCCUGAAGUCUGUGGGCGAGCAGAGGAGGAAAAGAGAAAUGAAGCUGCCAUCCCUCCUGAUGCCUACGAUGAGCCUUGGAGUCAGGAUGGAGCCUGGAUUGCAUCCCAGCUCCUCAGACAAAUUGAGGCCAUGGACCCUCCCAUGAGACUCCCUGGAAGGCCCCUGACAGCCUUUGAGUCGGACCUUUUCCACAGUAGGCCUGUCAGCCAGAGGAACACGACAGCCCAUUUUCCAAUUCAGAAUAAUCUGUUUGAAGAACAAGAAAGGCAGGAAAGGAAUAGAGGCCAGCAGUCCCCAAAAGAGACUGGUGAAAAUAAUGCACACUUGGACUUCAUGUUGGCUCUGAGUCUGCAGAAUGAAGGACAGGCCUCCAGCAGGGCAGAACAGGGCUUCUGGGGGUCUGUGCCUGAGGCUGACCCAGCACACGGUGGGCCCACUUCUCUGGGUGACAUAAAGGGUGCGGCUGAUGAGACUCUGCUGCCCUGCGAGUUCUGUGAGGAGCUGUACCCGGAGGAGCUGCUCAUUGACCAUCAGACAAGCUGCAACCCUUCACAUGCCUUACGUUCACUCAAUACUGGCAGCUCUUCCAUCAGGGGGGUAGAGGAUCGUGGUGUCAUCUUCCAGAACUUUCUACAGCAGGCAACAAGUAACCAGUUAGACACUUUAAUGGGCCUGAGAAACACAGCUGCCGUGGAAGAGAGCAUUAUCAUCCCCUGUGAGUUCUGUGGGGUGCAGCUGGAAGAGGAGGUGCUGUUCCAUCAUCAGGACCAAUGUGAUCAACGCCCAGCCACGGGCAACUACCAUGCAAUGGAGGGCAUCCCUACACAGGAUUCCCAGCCCGAAGACACUUCACCAGAGCUGUCCAGGAGGCGGGUCAAACACCAGGGAGCCCUGUCUGCAGGCUGCAUGGAUGAUGUCAAGCAGGAAGCAGCAAAAGGCAUGACUACCUGUAACCCCAGAUCUGAGUGCCAGCCUAGCCCCCCUCGUGUGCUGAAGCUCAACAACUCAGACAGCCAGGACAUCCCAGGGCGGAGUCGGGGCAGCCAGAAUGGGCCGGUAGCAUCUGGGCAUGCUCCAGUGAUCCAAUCUAUUCGAAAUCUUGCACCCUCUUUUCCUCAUGGGCCCCCUGGGAGAUACGGAGCCAGUGGGACGAGUGAAGGUGGUCGGAGCUCUCGGGUUACCCCUGCAGCUGCCAGCUACCACAGCAGAGCCCCAAAGGCAAAGCCUCCAAAGCAGCAGGGAGCGGGGGAUGCAGAGGAGGAAGAGGAGUAAUGAUGACUGACUAUGGGGGGCCCUUCCUGCCCACCCCUAUGCAUAGCAGCACGUGCUGGUACAGUGUUCAACUGCCUCUCGGGCUCGUCAAGAGGAGAGACUCCAGGGUUUCAGUUUUCACAGGUUAUGGCCAUUUUGUGUCUUUGAGAUUGUGCUGUGCGUGUUUGUGUUUGAGGGAGGGCUACUGGGAGCCCUGACAGCUACUGUUGAACAGUAGUGAGAGGAGGGCAUCUGUGGCCCUCUGGGCUCAUGAGGGCGCCAUCCUUAGACAGACAUACCAUCGCCACUGCUUCUUGGUGCUUUGUGGUCCUGGUGGACGGAGAGGAGGGUUCUGGGAAUCUCAGCCACCAGUGAAGCAAUUCUCUCCCUGUGAUGUCCUAAGUUUGGGUUUGCAGCAUGUUAGGGACAAGCUGAGCUGCACAUACAUGGACUGGAGGCCACUUUGGUGCUUGUGGGUCACUCACCACCCUCUAUUCCUCAUGGGGAAUGUCCUGCUUUGUUCUCCAUGUCCCCACCAGGGCCAUGCCCACCCUCAUGAGGGCCGAGGUUCCAUCCCCUUCCCUUUUUAUUUUACUGUUCUAAUUAUCUGUUUCCUUGUAACAGAAAUAAAGUUUGUACCCAGA